CGGCCUGUCGACGACGUUGCGUCCAGCUCCGCGCCAGUCGCACUCUCGAACUUCGAGCGUCAACUGUUGUGUAACUCGAGCGGUAAAACUAGAUUGAAAAUCACGAAAACAACACAGGUAAACGAUUUAUUGGAGGUUUGAAGUUUGCAAAAAAGGUGAAAAAUGUCUUCGAAAGACGCCGAUUCUGAGAAGAGGAAGCAGAUCUCGGUACGCGGCAUCGUUGACGUUGCUAACGUAUCGAAUUUCAAAAAAACCUUCAACCGACAUCUCCACUAUACCCUCGUGAAAGAUCGUAACGUUGCCACCAGCAGAGAUUAUUAUUUCGCUCUGGCACACAGCGUCAAGGACAGUCUUGUUUCGAGAUGGAUUCGUACUCAGCAGUAUUAUUACGAAAAGGAUCCCAAGAGAGUUUACUACCUUUCAUUGGAGUAUUACAUGGGCAGAUCGCUUCAGAACACAAUGAUCAACUUGGGAAUCCAAGGAGCUUGCGAUGAGGCCAUGUAUCAGAUGGGGCUAGACAUCGAAGAGCUGGAAGAAUUGGAAGAAGAUGCUGGUUUAGGAAACGGUGGUUUGGGUCGUUUGGCAGCUUGUUUCCUGGACAGCAUGGCCACCCUCGGUUUGGCUGCUUACGGCUACGGUAUUCGUUACGAAUAUGGAAUCUUCGCUCAAAAAAUAAAGAACGGCGAACAAGUCGAGGAGCCUGAUGAUUGGCUCAGGUAUGGUAAUCCCUGGGAAAAAGCGAGACCGGAAUUCAUGCUGCCCGUUAAUUUCUACGGUCACGUGAUUGAUACACCGGAGGGCAAGAAAUGGGUGAACACGCAGGUCGUGUUCGCGAUGCCGUACGACAAUCCCAUUCCGGGAUACAAAAAUAAUGUUGUCAACACUCUGAGACUCUGGUCGGCCAAGUCACCGAUUGAAUUUGAUCUGAAGUUCUUCAACGACGGUGAUUAUAUCCAAGCAGUUUUUGAUAGAAACUUGGCUGAGAACAUCAGCCGGGUCUUGUAUCCAAACGACAACUUUUUCGAGGGCAAAGAAUUACGUCUGAAGCAAGAAUACUUUAUGGUUGCGGCGACUUUGCAAGAUAUUAUAAGACGUUAUAAAUCAAGCAAAUUUGGCUCUCGCGAUCAUCACAGAAUGGACUUUGAAGCUUUCCCUGACAAAGUUGCUAUUCAACUGAACGACACUCAUCCGUCGCUCGCUAUACCCGAGCUCAUGAGAAUUCUCGUCGACGUCGAGGGCUUGACGUGGGAAAAGGCUUGGGACAUAACGAUCCGAACCUGCGCGUACACGAACCACACCGUCCUUCCCGAAGCCCUCGAACGGUGGCCGACGAGCAUGCUCGAGAGCAUCCUGCCAAGACAUCUACAAAUUAUUUACCACAUCAACUUCCUCCAUCUCCAAGAAGUUGGGGCGAAGUAUCCCGGCGAUCUCGAUCGCUUGAGACGCAUGUCACUCGUCGAGGAAGACGGCGAAAAGAGAAUCAAUAUGGCACAUUUGUCAAUCGUCGGUAGUCACGCCAUCAACGGAGUCGCUAGAAUCCACUCGGAAAUUCUUAAGGACAGCGUAUUCCACGAUUUCUAUGAAAUGUAUCCAGAGAGAUUCCAAAACAAAACCAACGGAAUAACUCCCAGGAGAUGGUUGCUGUUGUGCAAUCCAAAUCUCUCCGACGUCAUCGAAGAAAAAAUAGGAAGUGAGUGGACCGUCCAUCUUGAACAACUUGAGGCUUUGAAAAAGUGGGCCAAAGAUCCGACGUUCCAGAGAAGCAUCGUCAAAGUUAAGCAAGAGAAUAAAUUACGUCUCGCUGAACUACUCGAAAGUGAAUACGGCGUGAAAGUCAAUCCGGCGUCGAUCUUUGAUAUUCAGGUUAAACGUAUUCACGAAUACAAACGUCAACUGCUCAAUUGUCUGCACAUUAUAACGUUGUACAACAGAAUAAAGCAAAAUCCAUCAGCACCUUUCGUUCCAAGAACUGUGAUGAUCGGUGGAAAAGCUGCUCCUGGUUAUCUGCUGGCUAAGAAAAUCAUAAAAUUGAUCUGCAGCGUUGGAAAUGUCGUAAACAACGAUCCUAUCGUUGGUGACAAGCUCAAAGUGAUUUUCCUCGAAAAUUACAGAGUCACCCUCGCCGAAAAAAUUAUUCCUGCUGCUGAUCUCAGCGAACAGAUCUCAACCGCCGGUACCGAAGCUUCCGGCACUGGCAACAUGAAAUUCAUGUUGAACGGUGCAUUGACAAUUGGCACACUCGACGGUGCCAACGUCGAAAUGGCAGAGGAAAUGGGCAACGACAACAUCUUCAUUUUCGGAAUGAAUGUCGACGAGGUCGAGGCUCUGAAAAAGAGAGGCUACAAUGCCUGGGAUUAUUACAACAAAUUGCCUGAAGCGAAACAGUGCAUUGAUCAGAUCCAGGCAGGAUUUUUCAGCCCCAAUAACCCCGAUGAGUUUAGGGACAUCGUUGACGUUCUCAUGAAAUGGGAUAGAUUUUUCCUUCUCGCUGAUUACGAGAGUUACAUCAAGACUCAGGAUCGCGUCAGUCAAACUUAUCAGGAUGAAACCAAAUGGGUUGAAAUGGCGAUUCACAACAUCGCCUCGUCCGGUAAAUUUUCAUCGGAUCGAACGAUCGAAGAAUACGCACGUGAGAUUUGGGGCACGGAGCCUAACUGGCAGGCACUUCCGGACCCGCACGAACCUCGUGACAUUUAAGCGAAAGAAGCGGUACCUCGAAAAAAAUACUCGCUAAAGUAUCGGUUAUUUAUUGUUGACUUUGCUCUCAUUGUUAUUCGUCCAAAGCGCAGUGAGGUCGAGAACAAAAUUCACUCCGAAUUGAAUUUCUUUUGUGAUCGUCAGUAAUGUUGUUCUUCAUUCAAAACGUGGUGAAGUCGAGAACUAAAUUCACUUCGGAACGAAUGUUUUGUGAUCUUCGUUGCUGGAAAAACACUCGUACACGUGCACAAAAAAUACAAGAGGCUGUAACGAAGUGUCAUGGAAUAAUAUUUUAAGAAUACCAUUCGAAAGCAUGGAAAAUUCGUUAUUAAGUGCGAAAUUCGGUCACACUAUCUGUGAUCUUCGAACUCUCAUCUUGCAAUACGCUGUUACAAGAUGUACGAUGUUUGAUUCAAGAGUCCUAUAAAUAAUUAUGCGAUAUUACACCGAGAGCAAGGGUCCAUAUAUUUCAUUGUGAUGGAUUUGUUGACCAAUCGUGUUUUUUUUUCUCAAUGAAACUGCCAACUCUAACAGAGAUUAUGAAAAAAAUGAAUUGUCCAUAGUCCUCAACGAUGAGCGAGGAGCGCUCACUGACGAAAUCUCAAACUCCUAUGCGGAUUAAAUGUCGAUAUAUAUAUUUUUUUAACACGAAAAGAUAAACGAACGAGUAUUCGAGCCUCUGUACGAAGCUCAAGCAACAAUCUCCGUUACCACAGUCAAUAUUUCCUCUUAUUUAUCAUAAAACGAAGACAUAAGUUUUUCAAAAAAUUCACGAUUGAGUAAAUUCGUAUGUAGAUAAGCCUACUGAAAUUCAACAUUUAGCUUAUUUUUCAAUUGAGCUUUUAGCGUGUCUCUGUCUCGUUUUGCUGUUGAUACUACUCGAACCUUAUCACCGUAUAUUCAGUUUUCAUGAUUGUAGAACAUUUUAUGAUCGUUAAUUAUGAGAAAUAAAUAAAUCAGUUGUUUUUAACAAUAAA